GAAAUGCACUGCGGUAUCAAGGAACAGUGUGACCAUACAGAUAGAGACAUUCGGCGUAUUUGCAGGGCUUUGAAUUCUCGACAAGAUUAUGUCUACUCAAGAAGCCGCCUAUCCCACAUAUGUGAUACUUGGCUCUGGGGGCCACACGGCCGAGAUGUGCAAGAUCACCAAGGCCCUCCUCCACCGGAGAGACAGUGACGAGUACCAGCCGAUUCGCUUCAUUGCUGCCAACAACGAUGAGAACUCAGAUCGGCAACUGCAAGCCGCUCUGGGGCAUUCUGGCGCUGAGAGCAUUUUCCGGGUGCCACGAAGUCGCAGCGUAGGCCAAAGCUGGCUGAGCAGCGUGUUCACCAUCUUGUACGCCCUGAUCUGGAGUUGUUGGCUCGUCUGGCGGGACCGCCCGCAGCUGGUGCUCUGCAAUGGUCCCGGCACAUGUGUGCCAUACUGCUAUGCUGCAUACAUGUGGCGUCUACUUGGCCGCCUGCCCCCCAAAAGCCGGAUCGUGUUCGUGGAAAGCUUCUGCCGGGUGGAGACGCUCUCGCUGAGCGGGCGUCUCCUGCUGCCGAUUGUGGACAUGUUCGUAGUACAUUGGCCGGGACUGGCAAACCGCUACGAAAACCGACCCAACCUUCGCUACUUUGGACGACUCUUUUAACAACUCUUAAUGCUUUUGUUCAUUUAUUUAACGUAGGGAGAAAACGAAAAAAAAAAUGUGUUCCAAUUAAAUAAGGAGCAUAACAUUCAA